UCAAGAGGUCUGCUUGCCACAGCUCUGGUGGAUAUUUCUGUGCGAUUUUUCAACAAAAACCGAGUUGCUCGACAGCUUCAAUAUUAAUUUCAGAAGAGUCGAUGAACUGAAAACUGUUGUGAGACCAGUUAAAGACAGGCAGGUGGACCACGGCGGUAUAACGAUGCCAAUCAUGUGGAAAUGUCCAGGUCACCCAAACUGCAAGAAGACAUAUCUGUACGUCAGUGGGAUGAAAGCGCACAUCAUGACCUGCAAGCAUGCACAGAAGAAAGCGGUGCGCCACAAGAAGGAGGAGAUUGCUACAAUGCUGACAAUCAUUGAGUUCGUCGAGGACCAACAGAAGGGCAACGUGACGCUGGCGCGGCGACACGUACCGUCGUUCCGAUGGGAGACGCGCACGUUUACCAGAAGUAGCGAGAUCGCCACUGACUGGAGUCGAUUUUCACUGGACAGUCGACGAAAAGACAGAAGAUUUGGACUACCUGGAGAAUUAUUAAGUCCACACUAAAACCUAGCUUUUAAAUAGCAUCAGUAUAGAUUUGUCACACACAUCCAUAUAAUAUAAUAGCGGCAACGACAUUUUACUUAUAAUAAACUAUGUCGAAUCAAGUCAUUGGCGUCACUAGACGUUUAUGAAAGAGGUUCAUGUCUUACAAUGAACUUGUAUAUUUUAUGGUCAAUGUUUUAGAGGAAAGAAUUUUAGAAAAGGAAAACAACCGCCAAAAAAGGGUUCGUUUUUUGUAACGAACCUCUAUAUUUCAGAGUAAAUUUUUUAAAAAUAAAAGAACUGCGAAAAAAGAAAACAAAGAUGGCAUACAGCCCCACCCACGCGACAUGCCUGCAUAUAUUUAUAACUUUAGCAAAGUUCAGUGAAAAAUAUUGGGACAUUUGUUUUAUAAAUGUUUUAAAGUUGCUGCUUUAUGGAAUGUAGUAGAACAUAGGCACUAAAAAGUGAAUAUAUAAUAUUUAAUAAACAUAUGGUAAAUUUGGGAAUUAUCACCAAAAUCGAAUGUGUUUUUAAAGUGUAAACGAUGACAAUGUAAACUACUAUAUAUACUUUAAGGAAAUACAAACAGUCAGUUUGAACAAAGAAUAUAAUUGAAAUAUUAUAUCUUGUUUUAACUUGAAAUAAAUGGACGUCUAUAACAGAUCCAGACAAUUAGACAUUUAUGAAAUUAUAUUAGAUAAUCAUCACUUGUCAGUAAAGUUUGUUUUAUUUAACGAUGCCGCUAGAGCACAUUGAUUUUUUAUCUUAUCAUCGGCUAUUGGACGUCAAACAUAUGGUCAUUCUGACACUGUUUUUAGAGGAAACCCGC